AGAAAGUCAUACACAUCUGGGAUGGCAUGAGGGUGAGUAAAUCAUGAGAUAAUUUUCAUUUUGGGUGAACUAUACCUUUAAGAUUGUUAAAACCUAUGCUUGAUCCAUGUAUUGACAACAGCCUAUACAGUGUAUCCGGAAGGCUUGAGAUAUUGGAAGAGAAUCAUCGUGAAUAUGUAAAGCUGGACAGCCACACACUGGACUGAAAGGUACAUCGGGUUAGACAAGAUGAACAGCUAGUGGUAAACAGGAUAAUUUCAGAGAAAGAGGGAGUGAAGACUCGAACCCAGGCAUUACCAUUGAGCUCUCUAAAAGGCUUGGUGUCUGAGGCUUCCAUCUUCAUGAUCCUGCACAUACUGGCACGACAAAAGAUUGUUCCAGAAAACAUGACAUUCCUGUCAUUUAAUGAAGAUAGUGUGAUAUCAAAUUCAACCUAUAGAACUCUUGGUUGGAAGAAGCAGAUGAUUGGGAAAGAAUUGGUCGAUAUCUUUGGAAUUGAAAGGACUGUCUCCUCUUCAAAGGACUUCCCAGCAACUUGGCAUUGCUACUUCCUGUCUGAUGGGCAUCUAGCAAGCAGAUUGCAAUUGGGCGCACCUGCAAUGAUGAAGAUACUGCAUUUGCCGCUCAUGCUCGAUGGAGUUUUUUCAGUGGAGAAAGGCCAGAUUCCUGUGUUUGAAAAGAAGCCACUCCUGUGGGAUGAAGACAUGGAGCUUUACUCAAAGUUUCUUGACAGAAAGAUGGCAGUGUCUGUACAAAAGCAUAAAGCUAAAAUGUUAUCACUCAGAAGAGUUAAUAUCCUGAUCUCAAAAACAAUAUAUUAUUGCACGUGUAUACUGAUUCUCUUAUUCAUGAAAACAGGUCCUCAAAUCAAUGAAAUAUAACAUUUUAGCUUUAUGCUUUUGUACAGACACUGCCACCUUUCUGUCAAGAAACUUUGAGUAAAGCUCCAUGUCUUCAUCCCACAGGAGUGGCUUCUUUUCUUUUCUUUUUUUUUUUUCCUGACUUCCUGCAGUUUCUGCUGUUGAGGAAACCUCAAGAUGUCUUCUCCUUUGCACCCUUUGCCUCUCAAAGUUCCCUGGGAAAACCCUGUAAAGAUUUCCAGAACUCUAACAUUCCAGAAAUACUGGAUAAUAAAUCGUUACCUAAGGUGUUUUAUGUUACAGAAAGAAUAAAUAAAGGUUUUCUUC